AUUCCCUCGUAUGUCAGCCUUCAGUGGAAUGACAUAAGGUGUAGUGGGCCUGACCACCCCCAUUUCUCACUUGGUAGCUCCCAGAAUGAAACUCCCAUGAUUCCUUGCUGCGCAUGCGCACUGGUCAGUCUUUAUUUUUUGAGCCUCUGGCAACACACCCCCGGUGUUUUUCUCUUGGUAAAAUGGGCUCGAAGCGCGAGGACAGACGACGCAAGAGUUCAAGAGCUCCCGAAGAGCGGGAGGAGCGCGCGCGCUCCUCCUCGAGGCACGCCAGCCGCAAGAGGACGGCGUCCAGAACCGAGCACAUGGCGCCCCCCUCCCCACCUGGGGGCGGCCAUGAUAGUUCUUCACAACAUUCACAGCCGCCCAAGUUGCGGCCUGUUACGGCCCCGGGCGACGACGUGGACUCCACGGCGGGCGGAAUCGAGUCUGAAGAACUUCAUGAGGGAGAGAAAGGCACACGUGUCGACUCUCAACUCGAGAAGAAGAGCGAGGAAGUAGUCUUUUUGGAGACUCAAGAGAAGAAUGGUGACAGCAGUGCCGUACGUAUAUCUGCCUUAGAGCAGAAUUUCUCUUUGCUUUCAGAUAAGCUGGACGGACUUCAAGAACUGCUGGUCAACCAACUGACGUCUUCAGAACCCUCGAGGAAGCGGCGAGCUUCGACUGGCGAGGGAACGGUUGCAGAGAAGCGGCAGCGCUUCACAGCUCAGCCGGAAGAAGGGGAGGGGGGCGGCAGCACCUUUCCCGACGACAACGCGUCAUCCGACGAUGGCGGCGAUGGCUUCAGCGCCCUAGAGCCGUUUGACCCGACAGCCAACAAGGCCAAGGAGCCCUGGGAGGCCGAUGAUAUUGUCAUUCGGUUCUCCGAGAAGUACUUCAAGCACGAGAACCAGUGCAGGGGAGAGGCUCUAGAGAGCUGGCAGAAGAUGCAUGACUGGCCAGACAACAAGCCGGACAACAUGGUGGCACCGGUCCUGAACGAUUUCUUGUCCCGUGCUGUCAUCGAGAACGACAAAAAGCAGGAAGAAGUUCAGAGACAUCUUCAAGAAGCCUUCAGAUGAUCCCCAGUACCUGUUUCCACCAGAUCUGGGUUCUAAGGCUAAAGAGAUGGCUUCAGAGGACAAGGCCGUCUCCGGGCUGCUGCAGAAGGAGGGGUCGACCAACAAGGCUUCAGAGUCAU